CGGGAGGAAACGAGGGGAGUAAUGCGAAAACGGCGAGUUCGUGAACAGAGAAAGUACAACCAAACCAAACGGUCUCUCUCUCUCUCUCUCUCUCCUCCUAAACAACCGGGAAAAUCAAAGUCUCGAACACACCUCUGACUUUUGCAGCCGUGAUGCCGAAACCCUAAUUUUUCCCAAUUGGGACGAUGGUAGUCUUCUUGAACCCUAAUUCGAUUCCAAAUGGAACAAAAACCGUUAACAAGAACGAGCAAGGACAAAGCCGUAGGUUCAGAGAAGAAGGAUUCCCCGCAGGAGGAGGGGAUUGAGAAGGUGGUUCAGUGGGAAGAUUUCGAACAAGAGCUCGCGCGUCUCGUGAGUCUCUCCUCUGCUCUCAACGAAGCCAAGGAGAAGAAGCUGUUGCUUCAAAAUAAACUCGAUAGUUUCAUUCAGGUCGAAGCAGAGUCGUUAAGUCGGUCAAAUCAGCUAGAUGAUAUGCGCGAGAAGUUGGAAUCUCGAAAAUUGGUGAUGGGAAACACAUCAAUGCAUGCGAAGGUUGUAGAAGGGAAUGUUAAAAGGGAAGAGGAGCGACUUAACAACGAAAUUAAGUCGCUUUUGCUAGCUGGGACAGCUCUUUCUGUAGCUACUAAGCGUCUGCAGGAAUCAAAUAGGCUACUUGCCGGAGAAAGUGGUUAUGUUCGUCUCAGAAACAUGCAGAAGUUGCUGAGAGUGAGGCAACAAUAUAUGAUAUCACAAGUUUCAUUGCUCUAUCCUGUGAAGGUUGUGAUUGGGCAUGGGCUCGAGCAAGAACUUGAAUCUUUUACGAGCAGUUUUAGAUUAGGGAAUUCUGCUGGAUCAAAACCUGUCGAUCAAAGUUCCUUGACUAUUUUGGGUCUGGAUCUCACUGUACUCCCUUUCAAGAAGAUGAGUUUUUUCGCCGACAAGAAGGAGAUUCAGAGAUCUGCUACAGCACUGGGAUAUGUUUCUCAUGCUGUUUCCCUUGUUGCUUCUUACUUACAAGUACCUUUGCGUUACCCUCUGCGAUUGGGAGGUUCUCGAUCAUAUAUUCAUGACUACUCACCUUCAUCAGAGCCUACAUCAUCUGAUUCAACGUCAAAUUCACUACUUUCCUCAGAUUUGAAGGCUACAGAAUUUCCUCUCUUUUUAGAUGGUCAAGAAACUACAAGAGCAGCCUAUGCUGUAUUUUUGCUCAACAAGGACAUAGAGCAGCUUUUGAAUUUCAUUGGCGUUAAGAGUUUAGGGCCACGCCAUGUACUUGCUAAUUUGAAAGAGCUACUAAGGACAAUCCUUUCUCCAGAAUACAAAGAUACAUGAUCGGCUUCCCGUCCUGAUUGUAAGUUCUGUUGUAAAUGGAUUCUUCGUAUUCUUACAGAGGUGCGAAAUUUUAGUAGAGCACCUUGCAUACAACCACCCUUGUGAUUUUACUACUUCAUAGCAAUGCAAAAUGUGCUUAUUUGAAAUCUUGUCCGGGAACAUUUUGCGCUGCUCUAGAGUGCUUGGUUUAAACUUGUGCUUGAUUUGAUAA